AGUUCCAGCUAAGGUUGCCGAGAAGCCCUUCUGACCUGUUGCUGUCCCUUUAUCAAAGGAACUUGCCUCUGGCGUUCCCAGAAAAGUUUACCUUAUUUGCAAUGUCAUCAGCAGCCUAUUUCACCCACAAGGGGAUCUCUUUCCCCAUUAAGGAACUCACGGAGGAAUCAAUCAGCUAUGUAGAAAAUGAAUUCCAAGUACUGGACGAUGAUGUAUUCAAUGUUGCAUACCCGAAAUCAGGUACCAACUGGAUGGCAGAGAUCUUGGGUUUAAUCCGUUACUAUGGGGACCCAUCAUGGGUCCGCAGCUUGUCAUUGUUUCAACGGACCCCUUGGAUCGAGACUGUUCACGGCCUACAGGUUGCUUUGAAAUCUCCUCCACCCAGGCUGCUCUCUACUCACCUUCAGUCCCAGCUUUUCCCCAAGUCCUUUCUUCGCUCCAAGGCCAAGGUGAUCUAUACUUUGCGCAAUCCCAAGGACGUGCUAGUCUCACACUAUCAUUUCUCUAAGAUCUUCAAAUUAUGGAAGGACCCUGGAACCUUGGAAGACUUGCUGGAAGAGUUCCUGACUGGGAAUGUGCCUUUUGGUUCCUGGUUUGAUCACGUGAAAGGCUGGAUACAAAUGAAGGACAGAGACAACUUCUUUUUCAUCACCUAUGAAGAGUUGCAGCAGGACCUACGAGGCAGUGUGGAGAGGAUCUGCCACUUCCUCGGGAAGGAGCUCAAUAGCCAGCAAAUUGAUUCUGUGGUAGAAAAUGCCUCCUUUCAGAAGAUGAAGGAUAACAAGAUGUCCAAUUUUACUGAACUCUCAGAGAAGUAUAUGGACCACAAGAAAGGGAAGCUCCUGAGAAAAGGAAUCUGUGGGGACUGGAAGAACCAUUUGACUGUGGCACAAAGCGAACAUUUUGACCGUGUAUAUCAGGAAAAUAUGCAGGGGAUGAACAUGACCUUCCCGUGGGACUGAAGGAUCCCAGAGUGUUCUGCUGUUUGGCAUCCUCAAAGAACAGACAUGCCAUCUGGACCAAGCCCCAUCUACCAAGAAACCAAGCACUGCUGUUAGCAGUUUGGUUAAGCAAUAAUAAAACAUAUUAUUCACACUGCAGGGGGAAGCAGAGAUAAAAUCAUUCUCUCUAGAGCAGUUAUCUGCUGAUGCCCACUUCCUUGUUCCCACUUCCUUCUUCCCCCCAAAAAAGAGCCAAUCCUCACUUUCCUCAACCUCUCUGGAGCAGGAGAUGCUCCUCAAGAGGUAUCACCUUUGGAUCUGCAGGGAACACGCAUUUGGGGAAUUGCUGCCCCAUGUAGGACAAUGCUUGACUUGGGAAUCUUCCAUCCUUUUGCAGCCAUGACAGCCAUUUUGCAAUUCUCUCUCCCAAUGAGAGCCAUUUUUUGACUAGCUCCACAUCUUAUGACCGCUCAGUUUUGUGCUGGUGCCCACAACUCUUCCUCACCACUCCAAAAGAGCUCAACAACUACUUCAGAGUAAUCCCAGGUCUUAACUUCCUGCUCUUCCAGAUUCCUUUGUAACAGGGUUCUCUCUGCAACAUUUCUUUCUGACUUGGAAGUAAUUUGUAUACUAGAAAAAAUAUGAAUCUAGCACAGAACUCAUGCGCAUUGUCAUCAGGGGGAGUGUUCCAAAGUACAUGUUCUGAUCAUAAGAAAUAAACUAGUGGACUUGUUUAA